CCGUUACCUUCCGGGUAACGGUGUCGGAAACAUUUUUUGGUGUGCAGAAAGGCGGAUCCCGUUUUUUUGUGCCACUUUUGUCUUUAAGAACUUCUGCAGGCCCAGUUGUUUGGUUGUCAAUCGUCGACCGCGUUUGUACAUUUGAGAAAACCUUGCGGUGCUGUAUGUUUAAGCAGAUCUAUUGUUAGACCAGGUCUUCGGCAUUUUUUUUUUCUUCUUCUUCUUCUUUUAGCGGUUGUUUAGCGGAGUAUUAGUCCGCCAUCGGCGAGCUAACUUUUUACUGCAUAACAAGGAAGGUGCUGUACGCAAGACGAUGGGAGAUAAAGAAUUGGUGUGGGCAGUGAAAACGGGUGACAUGGACGAGGUGAAAGCUAAGCUUGUAACGGCUGAUGAUGUAAAUCGGACCCUGGAUACUGGGAGGAAGCCUCUUCAUUACGCCGCCGACUUCGGCCAAGGGGACGUGGUGGCGUACCUUAUUAGUAAGGGAGCAAAUGUCAAUGCUACAGACAAGCACGGCAUAACCCCGCUGAUAAGUGCCUGUUAUGAGGGUCACUUGCCGUGUGUCAAGAUGCUCCUGGAAAAGGGCGCCGACAAAAACCAGACGGGUCCGGACGGCAUCACCGCCUUUGAAGCUGCUGAGAGGGAAGAGAUAAAGGCUCUGCUGAAGUGAGAGCAGCGCAGUGAGGGAGGCGGCUGGACAGGUGGAUGAACAGGCUCCCAGAUGGACGCAGUGCUCCCCCGACGGAAGACGGACUCACCCCCAUUUCCUCCAAUCAGCCUCUGUCUCAACACUGCUUUGGUCUGUUUGUUGGAGGUUCAUUUAGUCUGUCUGGUGAUUUUUCCUUCACCUGGUUGUUGUUUUUUUUUUUUUUUUUAUUAUUUUGUUUUGUUUUUUUACUUUUCCCCAAAUUGUUGGGAUAGUAUUUUCUGUUCUUUUGGCCUCUGUCUGUUAGCAGCGGGACACAUAAAUAAAUAAAAAUCUCCCUUAGGGACCAAACACUGGGGGAGCUCUGUUGAACCCGGAUCAUGUAACACUGUUCAGACUAGAAAUCGAAUUCUGUACGGCUAGCAGCUAAAUAUGCAUCUGAUCUUCUGCUGUCUCUGAAACUUAAAAUAAACCCAAGCGUUACAGAUCAAUGGCG